AUGUCCGCACGUGGAAAGGAGAAAGCUAAAAGGGCCAAAAGUAAAACGAAGUCAGCCAGAGCAGGUCUUGUAUUUCCUGUUGCUCGUAUUCAACGCUACCUAAAGAGGGGCAAAUACGCAAAACACAUCGGUACAGGCGCUUCAGUCUACAUGGCAGCAGUCCUGGAAUAUCUCACAGCAGAAAUAUUCGAGUUGGCCGGUAAUGCUACUCGUGAUAACAAGAAACGUAGAAUAACCCCGCGAUAUAUACAGUUGGGUGUCCGUAAUGACGAAGAACUAAACAAGCUGCUUGAUGGUGUAAUUAUUCCCGGGGGAGGAGUCUUGCCAAACGUACACGCUGUAUUGCUACCCAAGAGCACAACAGAUAAAAGGCAAGCAGAGGACGAAUCAUAA